AUGUCAAGGAAGACUACCGUCGAAGAACAAAUAAGCAAUGUCACUGAUCCAAGAGAUUUUGUAAAAACUGUGAUACCGGAACUUCAGGACACAGAUACUUUGCUGCGAUGUCACAUCUGUAAAGAUUUCCUCAAGACACCGGUGCUGACACCCUGUGGCCAUACAUUUUGCUCGCUGUGUAUUCGAGAAUAUUUGAACCGAGAGCAGAAGUGCCCGUUAUGUCUUGCUGAGUUGAGGGAAUCAAUGCUCAGAAGCGAGUUUCUCGUCAACGAGAUUGCCGCUAGCUACACUCACGUACGCGCGAAACUUCUGGAGUUUUUGAGCCUCGAGAGAGAAAGGGAAGCCCAGUCAGCUGGUAAUAGCUCAUGUAUGGUCAUCGAAGAUGGUCACCAAAGAAACUCUCCAAAUCAAAACGGGGAGGCUGGUAAAGCUGGAGAUGGUGAUGAUGAUGAUGAUGAAAUACAGAUCAUCGCUACAAGGGAAAAUAGACUGUCUAAACGUUCUGGAGAUGCCUUGGUAUUCACAGGCCACAAGAAAAUGCGCAAAGAGUCUCCAGGAACGGGAAUCAGCUCACUUUUGGCCAAGAGCAAGAGCCCCGUUCCACAGCAACCUAAGUUGGCGGAUUGUCCUAUCUGUGGUAAAGCCUUCCCGCUUGAUGUCCUUCAAAGAACUCAUUUAGAUGAAUGUUUAACCACGGAAUCCUUUCAUAAGUCAGAGAACAUCUCAAGCUCCCCAGUAGGCCCUAAACCUGAAUUCAACUCUCCGCCUAAGCAGUCCUCUACCAGAAAUAGCAUCGAAACACCCGUUUCAACUCACUUCAAUCGAUAUUCAGAGUCUACCUCUAACAACAGCGUCACUAGGCUUGCCAAACUGAACUUCUCGUCCACAAGUUUACAGCAGCUGAAGCAAAAACUGUCGUCGCUCAAGCUGCCCGUUACGGGAUCGCGGCAGCAAAUGAUAAAUCGUUACAGCCAUUACGAAAUGCUAUGGAACAGUAAUUACAUUGAUUCAAUCGAUCCAGUGGAUGAGAGUAUAUUACGAAGGCGCCUCGCCAGUUGGGAAGCCAGCCACAAUGCAUCAGACGGUCAACAGAAGCCCGGUGGCAUAUCCAAAUUUCUGACGAAAAACCCCAUGCAAGACUUCAAAACAGAUAGAUUCGAUAGAAAGGGCUGGGCGCGUGCUCAUCAGCGAGCAUUUCGAAGACUGAGAAAGGAAGCCAAAGCAAGUCUCAAAAGGUCUAAACCCGUUCGGAACAUUGAAAACACAGAAAAUUCACAAACGGAAACUUCAAGCCAUAUAAAUCACAGCACAACCAUCGAACAGGAAAUGGUACCCAGUAAUCAGCUUGGUUCCAGAAACGGCCACAUCACUGCAUCAAGUCAAAGUUCAUCUGGAGCUUAA